AUGCUUCAGGUUGAAAAACAAAGAACAAAAGUAGCAGAUACAAAACCGUUAGACUAUAUCUUUACAAACGCUGGUAGGACUAUUUCAGAUGAAGAAAUUUCAUCCGGUGCUUACAGGUUUGACCCUCAAAAUGUUAUGUGUCAUGCAAGUUUCAGUUCAAGCAACAAUAGUUUUCUUUGUAUUGGUAAGGACUUUUAUGACUUUGCUUCUAAAUUCUAUGAACCACCGAGUAACAGUUUCUCUGACUUUCAAGUUUGGUUCACAACAAAUGGUGUGCAACAUAUUAUACCAUUGUACUAUGACUUUUAUCUCGAAUUGUCUUUCAUAUAUAACUACGGAGAAGUGCUGAAAAAGUAUUGA